GCCAGCCGCGACGGCCAGGCCAGUCGAGGAGAGCCGCCCAGCCGCCCAUUGUUUCCCGGGGCCCGCGCGGCCCUGCCGGGCUCCCGCUCCGCCGCCCGGCCCAGGAGGGACCCAGCCCAGCGUGUUUGAAAGGUUGCACCUUGGAGAACAAGUGAGACCCCACCACCUUCUCUCGUUUUGCAAACAGGCACCGAAGCUGCACACCCUCAUGGCGUCUGAGAGCUCAGUGGUCAUCCAGUAGCAGGAGAACUGGGAUGUUUACCUGGAAGUGCCUCAUUCUUUGGGCUGUGCUGGUCACAGCCACACUGUCCACGGCAAGACCAGCACAAACUCUGCCUGAGCAAGUUCUGCCCAAAGCAAGCAUUGAAGUGGAGUCUUAUUCAGCUCACCCUGGUGACCUCCUCCAGUUGCGCUGCCGGCUACGGGAUGAUGUGCAGAGCAUCAACUGGGUACGAGAUGGGGUCCAGCUCUCGGAGAACAACCGGACGCGCAUCACAGGGGAGGAGGUGGAGGUUAGGGACGCCGUGCCAGAGGACUCAGGGCUUUAUGCCUGCAUGACCAACAGCCCCUCUGGAAGCGAGACCACCUACUUCUCCGUGAACGUCUCAGAUGCUCUUCCAUCUGCUGAAGACGAUGACGAUGAUGACGAUUCUUCCUCGGAGGAGAAGGAGGCAGAUAACUCCAGACCAAAUCAAGCCAUUCCUCCUUACUGGACGUACCCUGAGAAGAUGGAGAAGAAGCUUCAUGCUGUUCCCGCUGCCAAGACCGUGAAGUUUAGGUGCCCCUCAAGUGGGACACCCACUCCUUCGCUGCAUUGGCUGAAGAAUGGCAGGGAAUUCAAGCCUGACCAUCGUAUAGGUGGAUAUAAGGUCCGUCAUGCCACCUGGAGCAUCAUCAUGGACUCGGUUGUGCCAUCAGAUAAAGGCAACUACACCUGCAUUGUGGAGAACAAGUACGGAACCCUAAACCAUACCUACCAGCUUGACGUUGUUGAGAGGUCACCUCACCGGCCUAUCUUACAAGCUGGGCUCCCGGCUAACAAGACCGUCUCCCUGGGUAGCAACGUUGAAUUUGUUUGCAAAGUCUACAGUGACCCUCAGCCCCACAUCCAGUGGUUGAAGCACAUUGAGGUCAAUGGGAGCAAGAUUGGGCCAAAUAACUUGCCUUAUGUGCAGGUCUUGAAGAGCUCGGGAAUUAAUAGCUCCGAUGCGGAGGUGCUGACCCUGUAUAAUGUGACAGAGGCUGAGAGUGGGGAGUAUGUUUGUAAGGUUUCCAAUUAUAUUGGUGAGGCUAACCAGUCUGCGUGGCUGACCGUCACCAGACCCAUGGCUGAAGCUAUUGAAGACAAGCCAGCUAUGAUGGCCUCCUCUCUGUACCUGGAGAUCAUCAUUUACUGCACAGGGGGCUUCCUCAUCUCCUGCAUGAUUGUGACCGUCAUCAUAUACAAGAUGAAGAGCACCACAAAGAAGUCGGACUUCAACAGCCAGCUGGCUGUGCAUAAGCUGGCCAAGAGCAUCCCCUUGCGCAGACAGGUAACAGUAUCAGCUGAUUCAAGUUCUUCCAUGAACUCUGGUGUGAUGCUUGUGCGCCCCUCACGGCUUUCCUCCAGUGGGAUCCCAAUGCUGGCAGGUGUCUCUGAAUACGAGCUGCCAGAAGACCCCCGUUGGGAGCUUCCCAGAGACAGGCUGAUUCUGGGCAAACCUUUGGGGGAAGGCUGCUUUGGGCAGGUGGUGCUUGCUGAGGCCAUCGGGCUAGACAAAGACAAGCCAAACCGAGUGACCAAAGUGGCAGUGAAGAUGCUAAAAUCCGACGCCACGGAAAAAGAUCUGUCUGACUUGAUCUCUGAGAUGGAGAUGAUGAAGAUUAUUGGCAAGCACAAGAACAUCAUCAAUCUCCUGGGAGCUUGUACUCAGGACGGGCCGCUCUAUGUGAUCGUGGAGUAUGCAUCCAAAGGGAACCUGAGGGAAUACCUGCAGGCUCGGCGCCCCCCAGGCAUGGAAUAUUGCUACAACCCCACCCACAUCCCAGAGGAGCAGCUCUCUUUCAAAGACCUGGUGUCCUGCGCAUACCAAGUGGCCAGAGGCAUGGAAUACCUGGCGUCCAAGAAGUGCAUUCACCGUGAUCUGGCUGCCAGGAAUGUGUUGGUGACAGAAGACAGUGUGAUGAAGAUUGCUGAUUUUGGCCUGGCUCGAGACAUUCAUCACAUAGACUAUUACAAAAAGACAACCAACGGUCGCUUGCCAGUCAAGUGGAUGGCCCCUGAGGCUUUAUUUGACAGGAUCUACACGCACCAGAGUGACGUGUGGUCCUUCGGCGUACUGCUGUGGGAGAUCUUCACGCUGGGAGGGUCGCCAUACCCAGGAGUGCCAGUGGAAGAGCUUUUCAAGCUGCUGAAAGAGGGUCACCGAAUGGACAAGCCCAGCAACUGCACCAAUGAGCUGUACAUGAUGAUGCGAGAUUGCUGGCAUGCUGUUCCCUCCCAGAGACCCACAUUUAAGCAACUGGUAGAAGACUUAGACAGGAUUGUGGCCAUGACCUCUAACCAGGAAUACCUGGACCUUUCCAUGCCAUUGGACCAGUAUUCUCCUGGUUUUCCAGACACCCGCAGCUCCACCUGCUCUUCAGGAGAGGACUCUGUGUUUUCCCACGACCCCCUCCCCGAUGAACCUUGCCUCCCCAAGCACCCACCUCAGCUUGCCAAUGGAGGACUCAAAAGGCGCUGAGACUCCAACUUCUGUGGGACGUUUGCAAACCCUCCAUGUACACAAGCGUAGCGUGUUUGUGUGCAUGUGUUGAGUGUGUGUGUGUGUGUGUGUGCGCGCACUUCGCUUCCAGCUGGACUGGUGGUGGAGCACCACAUGGGGCAGCCAUCAGCCCCCUUCCAGCUGCCAUAGUCAUGAUCUGCAGAGACUCCAUUUUGAAUAACCAAACCCACAACGCCCCCUUCUUCUCAAAGCUGCCAUGAUUGCAAGUCCUUGACCUCUGGAAGAGGAGCUCACAGGGAAUCUGUGCUUGAAUAUUUCCCAUGAACUUGAGUUGAACUGCGUCCCCUGCCCCCCUUUUGGCCAGUGACAAAACAAAAAGGCAGAGCCAGACACCUGGGCUUCAAUAGCAACCUGCUGCCACUUCUCUGACAAGGACUCUGGGGAGAACAACAUUCCUUUGAAGAGAGUGGGCAUUUUCUGCUCUCUACUUCCAAAUGCAAACAACAAAACCUCUUCACAGCUCAAGAAGCUGACAGCUAAGCCUGAGGUGCAAAGCCUGUGGCCCAAGGACACUCUGGAUUCAGCUGUCAACUGGGAAGUCUUAAAUUCAGCCAGGCGGCGGCAGCAGCACCUGUGGCUGGAGGGCCUGCUGCGUCUGUGAUGCCAGUCGGGAUGGCGCAGCGCACUUCUGCGCAUGCUUGUGCUGGGACCAAGCCUUCUAGCCCAGCAGGACUUCCUCCCAGGAAAACAGGC